UUAGAAGACUGACCAGUAGAAGUAAGUCAGGGGGGAUAUCCUUGAGCAACGCGGUAGUAGCAGUUUCUGUUUGUCGGUGUGUCAGUGUGAAGAGAAUUGUUUCGCACCACUUUGUGGUCAUGGUGCGUGUAAGUUGUUUGGCCUAGUGCUAGCUAUCGAAGUUAUUAAAUGGUGAUAAUUAUACACAACAACGGCUGUGUUAUGGAACUGGAUAAAAUGGACGAGGACGACUGGAAAUAUCACGGAGAAGGGAACAAGAGCCUUGUGGUUUCUCACAGCCAGCAUUCCCAUGUUCUCCGUCUUCUGAAGUAUCCUGCAGGGAACGCCGAGCACCCCCCUCAGACAACAGAGCAAGCCUUCCGGGACAUCCAGAACAUUGUUGACUUCAAUAAAAAUAUCAUGAAGCCACUCCUGGGAGAGCGAUACGUCCACCAUGGAGAGGCCGUCAAACUACCUUUGGACUUUGUGAGGCAACUGUCUUUGAAGGUGCAACCAGAACGUCCAGAGUCCCGCUGUGACAAAGUCAUGGACACCUUCAGCGGAUGCGCCUUGUGCCUCCCUAACCUAACUCAGAUGCCCUCCUGUCACAUUAGUCAACACAGACCUCCCCUCUGUAUAGAAAUAAAGCCAAAGUGCGGGUUCCUUCCCUUUUCUCGGCACGUCUCGAAGGAAAUAAAACACAAGGUGUGCCGCUUCUGUAUGCAUCAACACUUUAAGCUAGCCAAUGGGGAGUGGAAAAGGAUGAGCAGAUACUGUCCCCUGGAUCUCUUCUCAGGGAACAAACAAAGAAUGUGCUUUGCAAUUAAACACUUGUUACAGGAGCCACAAAACAACUUCAAAAUAUUUAAGAACGGAGAGUUGAUAUACAGCUGUAAGGAGGACGUGGACCUGAACGGGCUGGCCCAGCACCUCAAGCCCUACUUCCACCCCGGCAACGGGCUGAUGAACGGGCACCAGCCCGGCAAGGCGGCAAUGAACGAGCUGAUCCAGGUCAUCUGCAGCGCCCUGCUGAGCAGCGGGGACUCCAACCGGGCCGGGGAGCCCCGCAAGGGCCUGCCGCUGGAGGGCCGGGGCCACUGCGAGGCCAACGGCCUGUACCGGGACAUGUUGCGCAACGGUAACCACUACCUGCCCAAAGACUGUGUUUUGUCUAAAAUACUCCAAGUUCAGAUGCUCGACAGCCUGGACAUCGAAGGCCUUUAUCCUCUGUACAAACGGGUGGAGCAGUACCUCGAGGAAUUCCCUAAAGAGAGGGGCAGACUGCAGAUCGACGGUCCGUACAACGAGAAUUUCCUGGAGAAGAUCCAGAACUGCCCGUCUGAAGACGACGGCUCCAUUGACUACGCCAUUGGAAAGGUCCACCAGUACAGAGUGGCCAUGACUGCCAAAGACUGCUCAGUGAUGAUCACGCUGGCGCCUUGUGAGGAGGACGAGCUGCUGGAGCCUAACCUGGAGACUCAGCCCUCCAAGCGCAGGUUCACCUACUCCGUGUCCAUCCUGGACCUGGACCCCAAACCGUACGAGAACAUCCUCCAGCAGCACAAGCGCGACGCCAAAAUCGUCAACUACUACCUGCGGUCCCAGCAAGAGGCCGCAGUGGCCGGCCUGUACCUGGAGAGGGAGCAGGAGGACUGCACGCUGAUGUUCCACCCCGUCUGAAGCACUGACGCAGAGACGGAGUCCGCAGAACAUUUUAACUCUUCAUCUGCCUCCCCUCCCCUCCCCUUCCCCUUUUUUUUGUUUUGUUUUGUUUUGUUUGGUUUGCCAUGCUCUCCAGAGGGUGAAUGUGGGUGAGACUUGGACGUUAGCGGUAGGUGUGCAUAUCCUGGCAGGGGGCUGGUCUCCCUGGAGCGUGAGUGAGGUGCCUCGGUGUGUUUGGAGAGAUGGAGGAGCGGGCUGGGCGGGGCGGGGCUAAAUCGUUCACAUUCACACUUCGUUUUGGGUCAAUACGCCGUGGUGCUAGACACACAUUGCUGUGUGGGGGUGUAACCGUGCCAAAAAGGCCUGUGGGGUUGUUUUAUUGGAAAGCGUUUUUGCUAAGAGGCAACGUUUGAGAAGCUGGGAGGGGAGAGGAGAGGAGAGGAUAGGAAGCCCACAGGUGGUGUUCCCGCCAUCUUUGAGUUUGGAGGAUUAAAAGGCACAAAGGUGUAGGAGCCUCAAUUGUCAUCCACCUUUUGUUUCACUUAGGUCACUCUCUCUCUCGGAAGGCUUUUCCUCUUCUGCAAACCGAGAAAAGCUGCAUAUUAACAGUGGAAGGAGUACGUUCCGUGUACGCGUGUAAGGGCGUGUACGCUCUUCCUCAUCUGUUCGGGAUACCGUUAGAUGAUGAUGAUGAUGAUGAUGAUGCCACAGCAGAUCAGCAGGCAGGGAGAAACCUCUGCUGAUCAGCCUGAAGAAGAGGCGGGGAAAUCGCUAGCUAACCUUGACACUUUGGGUGGGAGUCACUAAGGGUAUAGGCAACUAAUAUUUGAUCAGCCAGUCUGGGUCCGGUUCCAGCCGGUGCGUUGUGGAAAGGAUAUAGUGGAACGCUGUGAUAUUCCCGUCUCCGUGGCAACCGUACGCAACUGCCAUACGGAGCGAGGAACGUGGACAGAACACUGGUUAUUUUUGAAUUCUCAACUGACAGAAUUGUUCCAUACCUAAAAUCAGUAUUAAUUAAAUUGCUAUUAAUAUCCAUAAUUCCGUUUCUUUUGAGCAGGAGGCCGCAGCGGGGAUAGGAUGGAGUGGAGAGGCCAAGCUGCUGGCUUUUCAUAACCUGUAAUAUUUCAGACGGGAAAGUAAUAGAUUGGAAAGAAUCUGACCCAAUUACACAUCAUGUCCGAUUUAAGUUUGGCAACUGGAUUUUCAGAACCGUUCAAAAGGAGCUCAGAAUUUCCUAUUGGAACCACAUUUCAGCCAUUUCAGAAUUGAUUGCCGAUCCUUUAUCUGGAAGCGCAGUUUACAAACUGCCAGCAGGAUGGCUUUUGUCUGGAAAAGGAACUAACCAAACGCAUGUCACAGGAAAAGUAGUGAGAUGAUAUAAAAUUGGUAUGAUUAUUAUUUUUAUUUUUUCUUAAACCGUAAGGCAUCACCUUGAUUUUAGGUCAAAUGGAUCUAAACUUUUAUUCUAACGUGUGAAACAAGGUGACGGUACAUUACGGAGGAAAUUCAGUUUAAAAACAACGCCAUCUGCCAUUCAGUCAACAAACUGAAUUAAAGCUGCACUCUGAAAAAGAGAUGAAUGUCAUUUUGCACCAAAGAAUGAGUUUUUGGAUUUGCAGUAUAAACCAUUGAGGGUUUUGUUCAACCUUUGUUGCAAAUAGGCCCAAGUUAAAUAAAUUCUUUUUUCUGCAUUUCCAAACGGAAAAAUAAUAAACCCACUUGAACAAGUAAAAAAACAAAUGUUGCUCUGAGGACAAAUUUAAUAGAAUAAAUGUUCACACCCUAAAGUUCAGAGAAAUAUACUGUAUUUUUAUGCGGAACUGUGAAGAGAAGUGCUACCACUUAUCUGUGAAUAACCUGUGUAAAGAAUUGAUAUAACACUUUCCUUAAAAAAAACAUCACACUGUGAUACAGGAGUAAAACAAACUAAGUGUAUAGAUAUAACCAUCUCAAAAGUGGAAUUUUGCCUUUGGGCAUUUUGUAUUUAAAUUAUUUAUUUUUCUAGGCCUGGACUAAUUAUACAUAUUUACAUGCGGUAUAUGUAUACGUGGCUGAGAGAACGUGUACAGACGGCAUUAACAGAUGUUUCUUAACGGGGAUUGUACAGGAGGUGUUUAUAUUGAAUAAAUGACGUAGAGACGCA